CAUCUUCAUACUGUCAGCCAGGAACCAGUAACUACUCUCUUCUUCUGUCUCCAAACAACAAUUCAACACCCAAAUUCAAUUGAUUAAGAGUGGAAAUUUCAGAUGAGGACCGUCUUCUCUAAGUCACCGUCGCCGGCGAGGUCCACUCCACCACCUUCGCCGGUCUGCCAGACUUUUUCAGAGUCCCUAACGGACGAGGACAUCGAGGUGGCUCAGUCGAUAAUUACUAAAUGGGACUCUUCGGACUCCUCCUCCUACUGCAACAUUGCCUACCUCUUUUCCUCAGAGAACUGCCACAAAGUAAAACAAUAUCUCAAUUCCAUCAAGCACCUCCAACGCGCUAUGCAGUACUUCGUCUCCGAGAAUCCGGUGGUGGGGAAACUAGUCCGGGCUCAGAACCUGAUGGAAAACGCCAUGAAACGGCUCCAGAAAGAGUUUUACCAGAUUCUCAAGUCAAACAUGGAUCACCUUGAUUCGGAGUCUGUCUCCAGCCAUUCCUCCAGAGCUUCUCCCUCGAGAUCGAGCUUCUGGGAUUUCAAAGACGAGUCUGACUACGAGUCGAUGCGCGAGAACGAGACGAUUUCUGAAAUGGAGAGAGCUUCAACGAUGUUAACAGAGGGGACUAUUAAAAGCUAACGGAAGGAUGGUGCCGGCGUUAACAAAGGGGGUGAUUUGCCACUGUAGGUGAGUUGAAGGGGUGGUCUGCGCGUGAAGUGGGUUGAGGGGGUGAUUUGCCACCAGUGGGUGAGUUAAGGGGGUGAUCUGCAUGUUUUGCCUUUUUUUUUUUUAGUAAAAAUUAUACAUAUAGAAAAGUGAAAUGUAGUUUGUGUAAGAUAAGACUGUACUACAGCAUUCUCUUAUACAUUUAAAAAUCUAAUCAAAUUUAAGUUGGCCA